CACAGCAGCAGCUAUCAGCAUUUACGACGAGGGGAUCCCCAACGCAGCUCCCAAUUCCAGCCGUGGGCGCCAGUCAGUCACACUCGCCAGAGAUAGACUCGACUCUACCCUUCUCUAGAAUCAUAAUAUCGAAUCUUUCAUCGGCCAAUUGGGGAAAAAAAGCGCCCACCACCGGCAACCCCUCACACCUUCUCAACACCACACAACAUAUAGAACAUACAUCACCAAAAGUUACUAGAGAAAAGACAAAAACAAUGGAUCUGCGCACUCUCUUCGUCCGCCCAGCGUCCCAGCUGCUCAGCCCCCUCCGCCUCCUCGCCAUCACAAAGCCCUCCGCCGCUCCUCUCCCUCUGAUACCCUCCCGCGGCCACAAAACCACCACCCGCACCAAGCGCGCCCUCAAAAUCGCUCCUCACGACUCCUUCCUCCCCUCGCGCACCUCCGCCGCCGCCGCCGACUCAAUCAUCUACAACCCGCCAUCCUCAGAGGCCUCGCCCGAGCACACGCCCUUCAUCUUCCUCCCGCGCAACGACCCCCGCCGCCAGGCCAUCCUGCGCCUCCGUAGCAGCGGCAGCGGCAACCCUACCGCCUACGACAGCAGCGUAACGGCAGAGGCCGACCUGCCCCCGGAGAUGCGCUACAAGCGCCGCCAGCCAAAGUACAACCUCACCAAGGAGCACAUUGAGGAGAUGCGCCGCCUGCGCAGCGAGGAUCCCCUGACGUGGAGCGUGCAGAAGCUGGCUCGCAAGUUUGAGUGCUCGACUGUCUUUGUGCAGAUGGCUGCGCCGGCUCCGCCUGAGCAUUUGCAGUGGCUCAAGGCCAAGAUGGACAGGAAGAUGGAGAGGUGGGGACCGAAGAGGACGCAGGCGAGGGAGGAUAGGAAGAGGAGGGCGGAGAUGCUGUACCGGGGAGAGUUAUAAGGAUAAUAUUGCAUGGGGGGAGACGGUUGAGGGAAAGAUGCAGUCAAGGGGGAUAUAUAUAAAAGAGAGAGAAGUUAUCGUGUAUAAAGGAAAGCGUGGAUCAAUGGCCAUGUGGAUGGAUGUCUUAGUGACGGAAACAUUGGUAUACAUAGAGAAGAGUGGGCAUGAAAAGGCAAAAAAAAGGGUAACUGAGCGUGGUGUACGAUAUACAAAGCUUCAGAGAACAAAUUCAUGACGAGACAUGC